AAUGAAUGCUUGCUUGCGUGGACGUUGAUCUUUUAGUUUGGGCCGGACUAAAAAGGCCUGCUACUAUGCAAAACCUUUUAUUUAAAGGCCCAUUUGACUGAGAAGAUAAAAUUCACUAACGGAGAAAGACGGGGAGUGAAGGGGAAAUGGCGACGAAAGGCGGAGCGGCGGCGGCGGCGUACCCUAGCGCAGCUCGGAUAUCUGAUUCUCCAUGUUACCAUCAGUACUCUGCAUCUCUGAAAUGUCUUGAAGAGUUUGGAUCAGACAAGAGUAAAUGCCAGGAUCAUUUUGAUGUGUACAAGGAAUGCAAAAAGAAAGAGAGGGAAGCUCGACUGGAACGCAAUAAGACACGGUCAUUGUUCUCCUGAGCGCACCAGCACAGUAUAAUCCUCAAAUGCUUAUGAUGUCCAAGAAAAUAAAUGAGUCGUCUUGUUUCCUCUUAUUUCAUUUGCCUCUUAGAAGUGGUGUUUUGUGUUUUGCAUGCUGUUAUAAAUAAUCAUUCUCAAGUGGGCAGUGUUUGUAAACAUUAUUUUGACUCACCUACAUGUUACUUUUAAGAGAGAUUAUUAGUGAUGGACUUAUAUUACGCUA